AUGACGCCGAGUACUCCUCCUCCUCCUUCACCUGCAGUCACCUGCGCUGAGAACAUUGCCCUUCUCUAUCUCCUGCAUUCCGUUCCUGAUCCGCCCUCUCGCAAUUCGAUUGACCGUCUCCCGAUUCAUCAGAAUGGUUAUACGCUAUCCCUUCUACAAGAGCGACGCUUGGCCGGCAUGCUCGCAUUUCUUUCGAAUCUCAAAGAUGGUCCGGAGCACAUCCCUGCUGUUUGUGUUCAGGAGGGUCCCCAAUCGGCGUUCUUAAACGUCCUGCUUGCUGUGAAUAAAGCCAGGCCAGGCGAUGGCGAGGGAGUCCUACAAAACCUUAAGUUAGGCUUCGAGAGAAUCUUUACACUACUUUCUCGGGUAUCAGAUGGAGACGGCACACUAAUUAUCGAGGAUCAAGUCUUUACUGAAAUCAUCUCUAUGUGCUCUGUACGCAUUCUAUGCCGUCUGCGAUUUAUUCGCAACAGCAGGAAUACCCCAAGGCAACCCAUUAAGGAACUGCUCCAAGACGCUGUAGAUGCUAUCCGACGGCGGGAAAAGGAGACAGUUCAAGACACCGAGCUGCUCCUACGCUCUAGAUUGUUUGUGGAAGGAGCUAAAGAAGUGAUUAAGUUGGUCGAUGCAUGGGCCAAACAUCGCAAGCCAGUCCGGCUAGGGGAGUUAGUGGAAGGAGUCAAUCGCUUGUGGCAAGUAGGAGAACUUCAAGACCUGCUUAGCGCUAUACCGAACCAAGUUAUGGGUCCAACAUCGAGAAAGAAUCUCUUGAAUAUUAUCAGUAAGGUUGCAAGGUACCGGGAAGCUGCCAGAUUCCUCUAUCGCACAGCGAAGAAAAUCCCUUUGGUCCGACAGAUGACGAUUGUUCUUGUCAGCCUACCUCAGAAUGUAUUCCAGAAAAGACCGGCCAAUCAAUCUUCUCUGACCCUUCCUUCCACGGUCUCGCGAAUCAACGCACUGCAUAAACAGCAAUGGAAUGUCGGCCAAGUCUGUCGGUUAUUAAAAGUCAGUGAGGUUGAAGCAAAUGACCAGUUUGUCCAACAGACACGAAAAACCUUGAAGGACGCCAAGAUCCACGCCGAGAUCCAGCUGCUCUUCUACUGCGAGCUCGAGGCUUUCAAACUGCCGCCUCGAGCUUUUUGUUCGACCAAGGAUGCCUGCUUUCUUUGUAAUGCUUUCAUUCGAAUGCACGGGAAAAUACACACGCCAGGGUCCCACGGAAGACUAUACCCUGGUUGGCGGUUACCCUUUUCUCCGAGGCUUAAGGAAAUGGAGCAAAGAUUCAACACGGAAUUGGCACAUCAUAUCAGAAAUAGCCUCACGACACUUCUAUCGAGACAGCAGAAGACUGUAUAUCCAGACCCGCAUGAGAGCACACUCCUCACGCUAUCUGUGUCAAUGUCGACAUUGAGUAGCUCGGCGCUGCCAGAAGCUGAGGAGGGAGUGGUCUUACAGCCUCAAAUACCAAAUCGCUCAGAGACAGAUAAAAUCUUGUCGAAUCCUAAGGCACCCUCGAAGCCUUCGGAAAGAACACCGAGUAGCCCUACAGCGCGGACAGACGAUGUAUUGAUUCAACCUUCGAAUGAUAUUACUCCAAAAACUCUUCCUUCGCCCCGGGAACUAUCAUCAGAUAGUAUAUCUGUCGAGAGCUGCACACUUCUCCGAGGCCAGAUAUUGUCAAAAGGCGUUGAAGUCAACCACGCAUCACCACUAUAUGAUGCAGGGCAUCUCGAGGUUCAGAUCGAAUACUCGAUAGGUCCGAGUCAGAUCACACCUAAUAGUCAUCCAAGCGAUCUAUCUUAUAGCUUAGAAUGGCUCGCAGUCGGCGAAGCCGAGAAAGUGCUAGAACAACACGCAUCUUCGAUCGUGAAUGCAGAAUCGCUCGAGGGUGAAAUCUCACAUGGCCUAGACGAUCUGAAUUGUUUUUACAUUACUGCUCGAGGGUCGGUCCUAAAGAUCUUUCUUCAGCCGAGCAAUGCUGGGGUAGGUUCAGCGCUGUGA